AAAUUAGUAGAAAAUUGUGAUAAGGGCCCUGCAGGCAUUGAUUUCUGCAUUAACAAUAAAUAACAGUUACACUUGUGAGUUAAACCCCGAAAUUUGUGCUAUAGUAUUGUUAUCAUAUUAACUAUCAAACAAUCAACCAUGUCGUUGUUCAAUACUGUCCAUGUCUUUACGUACCUACAUGAGACCUACUUGAAUAAGCGAUCGAAGAAUUUACAUCGGGUAGCGAAAAUGCAUCGGCAAAAAAAUUUCACAACCAAACCGUUUCCCAAUGUGCUCCAUUUCUCCGCGCACGCCACCGCGAAUCCCAAAUGACCGGCCGUAAUACGUCAAAUGUUUAUUUCGACGGACGGUAUUUGAAUCACAAUAUACAUGGUAUAAAAAGGCAAUAUUUUUUCUAGAUAGUCACACUUCACAUCCUCUUUUCGUUAAGGAAGGUCCACUACCAAACCAAGCAAGAUGUUCACUUUCAAAUCUAUCGUUCUGAUUGCUGCGGCUUUCACCAUCGGAGCUGAGUGCAGUGGAGUGGCAGUACCAGCAGCGCCCUUAGUGGCUCCGGCUGCAGUUGGCUACGCACAUGCUGUACCGCAGAACAUUCCUCCUUACGCGGCGCAGGUCAGCGUGGUCAACAGGGCGCUUAACCCUCUCGUCGCUGCUCCAUUCGCUGCUCCUUAUGCAGCUCCUCUGGCUGCUGGACCUUAUGCUGCUGGACCUUACGCCGCUGGACCUUACUUUGCUGGCCCAGGGCCCGUGAUCCCUGCCCCUUACGCUGCCCCUGCCGCCCUAGCAGCUCCUGCAGCAUACGCCGCUCCUUUCCCCUAUGCAGCGUCUCCAUUUAUCCGCGCCUCUCCUUACGGUUACGCCCCAGCUUUCGUACGAUAGAUUAGAAAAGAAUACUCGACUGACCUUCCUAUAGAAAAGAUAAAUCAAAGACUAGUGUAAUAUUUUUUUUAUGCUUUUAUAUAAAAUAAAUGAAAGUUUGAUAUA